AUGCUAAAUGACAACUGUCACCCUGUGCAUCAGCCAGAAAGAGGGGAGGAGCUUCUGCCCACUCAGCAUCCACACAACAGGUACCUACCUUUUCCGUAUCCCCGCAAUCAGAGAAGGCGUACCCAGACUUCACCUGCCUCUGGGAUGGCAAAUGGGUUCAUUCUACCUAAGGGCACAGUGACUCCCAAUGCCGUGUUUGUUGGUGGCAUUAAUAUGAAGGUGGAUGUAAAUGAUCUCCAGGACUUAUUUGCACAAUUUGGCUCUGUCAAGGAAGUAAAAAUUAUCACAUACCGUGGAGGGGUCUGCAAAGGGUACGCGUUUGUGUACUUCAGUGAAGAUGUCAACAUUCAGUCAAUCAUUGAGCAACAGAUCAGUUUCAAGGGCCGGACAUUCAAGUUAGGCCCCGCCAUAGUGAAGGACAGGAGUGCUCGGCCUAGGCCAUCCAACCUGAUUGGCCCGGCUCCUUGGAUGAACCCCACUCAGUACUUGUACUGCUCUUGCUGCUCACCUAUGGAAGGGGUUAUGGCACAACCUUCACCUGUGCUCAGCAGAGAUAGCCCUUACUAUCAGCCCUACCCAUAUUCCAGUUUUGAAGGGAUCAUGUACCCACAGAUGCUGAUGAACUAUGAACAGAAUGCCUAUUCCUACCAGUACACCCCACCUUACUGGAUGGCGGGCCAGAGGACACAGCCUCUCAAUCAGAGCUAUGUGGAUUCUCCAUACGAUGAUGAUGGUGCUGCAGUUCACAUUUACUGA